CCGAGGAGGAGAAGAGCACCAGAUAUGGCUGACUACAGCAGCGUGGCGCCCCCGUCCUCUAACAACGGCGCUGGAAUGAACGACGCUUUUAAAGACGCUCUUCAGAGAGCCCGGCAGAUCGCAGCGAAGAUCGGUGGCGAUGGCGUUGCGGCUCCCCCGACUAACGAAUUCGGUUACGGGGGCCAGAAAAGGCCCCUGGAGGACGCUGGUGGGUAUUUUCCCAUGCCUAACCUGAAUAUCGACCAACCAGAGACGAAGAAAGUGGCUACAAAUGACGCCUUUUCAGCAAUGGGAGGAAUGGGUGGUCCCCCAAGGUCAAUAUCAGAGGAAUUCAAGGUUCCAGAUGGAAUGGUCGGAUUCAUUAUUGGAAGAGGAGGAGAACAAAUAUCACGCCUACAGCAAGAGUCUGGAUGUAAGAUACAGAUUGCGCCUGACAGUGGAGGAAUGCCAGAUAGGUCGGUGACAUUAACAGGAGGACCAGAAUCCAUCCAGGCUGCAAAAAGGCUACUAACAGAGAUUGUUGAUAAGGGGCGUCCAGCUCCAGCAUUCAACCACAACGACGGCCCGGGAAUGACUGUCCAGGAGAUUAUGGUCCCUGCCUCGAAAGCCGGACUUGUCAUUGGGAAGGGUGGAGAAACCAUCAAAAGCCUUCAGGAAAGAGCUGGUGUGAAGAUGGUCAUGAUCCAAGACGGACCCCAAAACACAGGUGCUGACAAGCCUCUCCGAAUUUCAGGAGAGCCCUUUAAAGUCCAGCAAGCCAAAGAGAUGGUGAUGGAGCUGAUCAGAGAUCAAGGCUUCAGGGAGCAGAGGGGCGAGUAUGGUUCACGGGUUGGAGGUGGAGGAGGAGGAGGCGGCGGAGGAGGCGGCAACGGCGGCAAUGGCGGAGGUGGUAACGGCGGCAAUGGCGGAGGAGGAGGCAAUGGUGGAGGCGGGGGAGAUGGCUUAGAUGUUCCUGUACCCCGGUUUGCAGUGGGAAUAGUUAUUGGCAGAAAUGGAGAAAUGAUCAAGAAAAUACAGAACGACACAGGCGUCAGAAUUCAGUUUAAACCAGAUGACGGCAGCACUCCAGAAAGGAUAGCACAGAUCAUGGGUCCCCCUGACCAAGCUCAGCAUGCGGCAGAAAUCAUUUCCGAUCUGCUGCGGAGUGUACAGGCCGGCGGGCCUCCAGGACAUGGCGGCGGCGGCGGCGGUGGCGGCGGCGGCGGUGGUGGUGGUGGUGGCGGCGGCGGCGGCGGUGGCAGAGGCCGUGGUCGCGGGCAGGGGAACUGGAACAUGGGCCCCCCUGGUGGACUGCAGGAGUUUACCUUCACUGUCCCAACCAUGAAGACCGGCCUCAUCAUUGGAAAAGGCGGUGAGACAAUCAAGGGCAUCAGCCAACAGUCUGGAGCCCGGAUUGAGCUGCAGAGGAAUCCUCCACCCAACGCUGAUCCCAACAUCAAAAUGUUCACAGUUCGUGGCUCCCCUCAACAGAUCGACUACGCCAGGCAGCUGGUGGAGGAGAAAAUUGGGGGACCCGUCACUCCGAUGGGUGGUCCACACGGAGGUCCGGGUCCACACGGAGGUCCGGGUCCACAUGGUCCCCCUGGACCACCUGGGCCCCCUGGGGCUCCCAUGGGUCCAUACAACCCUGGACCAUACAACCAGGGACCUCCAGGACCACAUGGUCCACCAGCACCGUACCAGCCUCAGGGAUGGGGCAAUGGCUACCCACACUGGCAACAGGGACAACCUGAUCCAAAUAAACAAGCAGCCGAUGCCAACGCGGCGGCGUGGGCGGCCUACUACGCUCAGUACAGCCAGCAGCCGCCGGCUCCCAUGACCCCGACAAGUGGAGCUCCUGGCACAUCUCAGAGCAACGGACAAGGUCAACAGAAUCAACAACCUCAGGACUACACGAAAGCCUGGGAGGAAUAUUACAAGAAACAAGGUCAAGCGCCCCCUCAGGCCUCUGCAGCAGCAGCUGCCGCCUCCCAGCCUGGCGGCCAGCCGGACUACAGCGCUGCCUGGGCGGAGUACUACCGCCAGCAGGCUGCUUACUACGGCACAGCCAACCCUCAGGCAAUGGGUGGAGCACCACAAGCCCCUCAGGUUUUACAGGACCCCAGUGACUGAAGCAGCUUCACACACUUAACCUAAACUAUUUUCUCCCUAAAAGGUUUUUAGCUUUUUAUUUUGGGAAGCUGAGUCAACUAAUUCUGCUGUUAACAUGCAAUGUAUCUUCUAUGUAUUUCUUCUGCACAGGGCCAGUAAUGUGAAGGGGACAUAAAGUAAAUGCUACAUUGUCGAAACAAAAUCCUUUGUUAAUGUUUGGAUGCAGCCGCCUUGAUGAAGAUCUUAAAUUUCCUUGGUUUGAAAGCGGUUCACAUAGAUGGCAGAUUACCCGGCGAACACGUCCUCUUUUGUUGUUGUUUUUUUGUUGUAAAUGCUUUGUUUUUAGUGAGGUAAUUAUACAUAUGGUCAUUCCAGCCCUGUAUCUACAUUAAAUGUGGUUAGAAGUCAUGUUUAUUAAACUGUAGACAUUACCAUGUAAAUCAUCUCAGUUUUAAAAUGCUAUUUCCUGUUGUGUUUUUGCAAUAAAACAAACUGAAACCUCC